CCACACUUCCAUACCACCUCGCCUCAAGACUACACAACCCAAGAUGGACCCAUUCUCCUCCGAAGGCGAGCUGGUCAACAUCCACACCGCCUUCGUCCAAGGCCAAUACCAAUCCGUCCUCAACGACUACACCGUCAGCGAUUUCUCCCCCGAAAACGCCCUCCCCAUCCGCAUCCUCCAAUACCGCGCCCAAUGCGCUCUCGGCCAAUACAACGAAGUCCUCUCCUCCCUCUCCUCCGACAACAGCAGCUCCUCCUCCGAUUCCCCCGACCUGGCCGCCGUCCGCUUAUACGCCUCGUCCUACCUCCAACCCCCUUCAGACCCCACCAUCCUCACUCCCGCCGAAGAACUCGCCUCGACAGCGUCUGAAAAUUUAACUGUACAACUCCUCAUCAGUUCGAUUCUCUCUCGCGCCGGAAAACCCGAUGCAGCGCUGCAACUUCUCUCGUCGCACACGGGUUCUCUCGACGCAGUCGCUCUCUCGAUUCAAAUUUGUCUGCAACAAAAUAAUCUCGAACGAGCGAUCAAAGAAGCCAAAGCCGCUAGGUCAUUUGCACAAGAUGCUUUACUGGUGAAUUUGGCUGAAGCGUGGAUUGCGAUGCGCAUGGGCGGGGAAGCGAAUUAUCAAAAAGCGUUUUAUGUCUUUGAGGAGAUGGCGCAAGGGCCGAGUUCGAGGAGUGUGGUGAGUUUGGUGCAGCAGGGCGUGAGUGAGUUGCAUUUGGGGAGGGUGGAGGAGGCCGAGGUGGCCCUGGGACAGGCGUGGGAGAUGGAGGAGGGGAAGAAUUAUGCUGCUGCUGUGGUGAAUAAGUUGGUGUUGGAUGUCGGGGUGGGGAGGGAGGGGACGGAGGAGUUGACCGAGAGGUUGAAGGGGCUGGAUAAGGAGUGUGAGUUUUUGGUCGAGUUGGAGGAGAAGAGGAGUGCGUUUGAGGCUGCCAUGGCGAAGUACAAUCCCAAGUUUGAGCCUUGAAGAUGGG